GUUCGACUCAACGACAAACAGCAGUUACUCGGCUCCAGGCACUUUGCAUGCACACCCACCAUGACAGACGUCUUCGAUGACGGCGCGCCGCCCAUUGUCGAUGGCGAUGUUCUCGAAGCCGCCAAAGAGAACAUCCAACCGCUCGCGUCCGGCCGCAGAGUCACCGCGCUUUCUGCCAUCCUCUCGACUCCCCACGCUCAGCGCGAGAGCCGUCUUGCUGCCGCGCGCAACCGCCACCGGAUCAACGUAGAGGUUGCUCUGGAGGACGAGGAUGACGACCCCCUUGAAGCGUACUGCCGGUUCGUGUAUUGGACAGUAGAGAACUAUCCGCAGGGCCACAGCGCCGAGUCUGGUUUGCUUGAACUUCUUGAGGAGGCGACUCGGGUGCUGAAGGAUGAUAGAGGAGGCAGGUGGCGAGGUGAUAUACGAUAUCUCAAACUCUGGGUUCUCUACGCAAGCUACGUCGAGAAGCCCGCUAUCAUAUACAAGUUCUGCAUGGUGAACGAGAUCGGCACGAGCCACUCGCUUCUGUACGAGGAGUAUGCGAUCGUGUUGGAGAGAGCAGGCAGGCGAGGUGAAGCGGACGAAGUAUACCUACUGGGUAUCGCGCGCAAGGCUGCUCCAGUCGAACGGCUGGAGAGCAAGCACCGCGAGUUCCAGAAGCGCAUGAUGGCAUCGAUCACCCUUGCUCCUGCUGCGCCUCCUGAGCCGUCUGCGUCGUCCUCAACGGCGAAGCCUCGCGGCGUCCUAUCUGAGACCACGUCCACGUCUUUGACUCGCACGCGCAGCACGCGCUCGCGAUCUAACGAUACGACCACAUCUCCGCCUGCGGAAGCACCCCCCUCAUCCUCACGGCCAAAUGGACGGAUGCAAGUGUUCGUUGACCCAUCGGGCACCGAGGGCAAUGACGCUGCCGAGGCGGCGCCCUGGCCCGAGCUGGGCACACUCAAGGCCCGCGUCAAGGAGAACGUGCCUGAGGUGAAGAAAGCUGGCGGUACUACUCUGAGGCAAAACGGCCGCGCGCAAAGAGCUGCUGCCACAUCUACAUCUACAUCGAGGAUACCAGUGUAUCGGGAUCCUGAGCUCCCUGUUGCGGGUCAGGAUGAGAUGCUCCCACCGCCCGUGCCCGUGUCGAAGGAGGCUAAGCGGGGUGAGGGAAGCAAGAUUCCUGUUGCAUCCUCUGGCAAGAAGAGUCAAAAGGCGAAGAGCACCACCAUUGUGGUGUUCAGGGACGAUGAUGCACCACAGGACGUGACCAGCGCGAAGAACAGCCAGAAGGCGAAGAGCACGAUAUCUGUUUUUAGAGAUGACGAACCGUUGCCGGAAUCUGGUUCGAAGUCGGACAAGAAAGGCAAAGCGAAGAGUGCAUUUGCGAUCUAUGCCGAUGAUGCGGAGGACGAACCCGCUUCGAAGCAAAAGACAAAGGCGGCGAAGGCGAAGAGCUCCAUCACGGUAUUCAGGGAUGAGGAUGUAGCAGACGAGCCCGCUAUAAAGACGAACAAGAAGGGUGAAAAGACGAAAAGCACGAUCGUUGUGCAUCGAGAUGAAGACGAAAGCACUCCUUCGGUUAUCUCGACACCGAGGUUCACUCCGUAUAGAGAUGAGGAGUCCGCCGUUCCGUCGUCUUCGGCUGCCCCUUCGACAGUCAUGAAGCUAAAGGCGAUCGGCCCUCGAAGGGAUGGACCGAAUGCACCGGAAGCGGAGGCGCUCAGGAAAGAUCCGUUGAAGAAUUACAGUAUGGAAGAGAGGCCGGCUGAGGAGGAAUGAGAUUUCGUUGCGUCCGUGUGUAUGAUUAUGAUGAAGAAUGUGCUUCCUCUGUUAUGUAUAAUGUGGGUGUACGAAUGCAAUGUUGCUGUCGGUGCUGGAAUAUAUGUCGAAUAUGAAGGUUCG